CCGUGUCCCACCGCAGCCGCCUGAGCGUCGCGGGGCCCCGAAGCCCGCGCCGAACGCCCUCCCCGCCGCCCGCCUGGUCCCGGCGCCUGCCGGAGCUGCCGCGGCCCCGCGCACACCCGGAGCGGCCGGGCCGGGCCUGCCGCGGCCCUCUGCUCGUCCUCCGCGCCCGCACCGGCCUUCAGUCUGGAGCGGCCCCGGCAGCCGCAGCAGGGGCGGCGGCGGCGGCGGAUCGAGGAGCUUUCCAGGUCGUCCCGGGAGAGGCUGCUGCAGUCCCGGGACAGGAUGUUCUCCAAGUUCACCUCCAUCCUGCAGCACGCCGUGGAGGCGCUUGCACCUUCUCUUCCUUUGCAAGAAGAUUUUGUUUAUCACUGGAAGGCAGUUACCCAUUACUACAUAGAGACUGCAGAUGAUAAAGCCCCAGUGACAGAUACAAAUAUUCCAUCUCAUCUGGAACAGAUGUUAGAUAUAUUGCUACAAGAAGAAAAUGAACGAGAAUUUGGGGAAACCGGGCCAUGUAUGGAAUAUUUGCUUCAUCACAAGAUCUUGGAAACAUUAUAUACUUUAGGAAAAGCUGAUUGUCCUCCAGGGAUGAAACAGCAGGUGUUAGUGUUCUACACGAAGCUUCUGGGAAGAAUCCGGCAGCCACUGCUUCCACACAUUAAUGUAUACAGGCCAGUGCAGAAAUUAAUUCGACUCUGCGGUGAAGUCCUUGCAACACCAACAGAAAAUGAAGAAAUUCAGUUUCUCUGUAUCGUAUGUGCCAAACUGAAACAAAAUCCCUACUUGGUUAACUUUUUUCUGGAGAAUAAGUUGAAACCACUGGCUUCCAAAGGAGCACCAAAUGUAAUUUCAGAAGACACAUUAAAAGGUCAAGAUUCCUUGUCAACAGAUACAGGGCAGUCCUGUCAGCCAGAGGAGCUGUCUGGUGCUGUUGGAGUGGAGCAAGCAGAAUUAGGAGAUGAGCCUCCUCAUCAGAUAGAUGAUCUGUCCACAAGCGUGGAAGGUCUCACCGUCACUUCACUGCCAGCGGCCACACUUGUUCGUCCAAACCAGGACUACAACUUAGUGAAUUCUUUGUUAAAUCUUACCAGAAGUCCUGACGGCCGGAUCGCUGUGAAAGCCUGCGAGGGCUUGAUGCUGCUGGUCAGUCUGCCGGAGCCCGCAGCCGCCAAGUGCCUCACGCAGAGCACCUGCCUGUGUGAACUUCUGACAGACAGACUGGCCUCCCUGUACAGGGCCCUCCCUCAGUCCGUGGACCCGCUGGAUAUUGAGACAGUGGAAGCGAUUAACUGGGGCUUGGACUCAUAUAGUCAUAAAGAAGAUGCGUCAGCAUUUCCAGGAAAACGAGCCUUAAUUUCAUUUCUUUCCUGGUUCGAUUAUUGUGAUCAACUCAUAAAGGAAGCACAAAAGACUGCUGCUAUUGCUCUUGCCAAAGCUGUUCAUGAACGAUUUUUUAUUGGUGUUAUGGAACCUCAGUUAAUGCAAACUUCUGAGAUGGGUAUUCUGACAUCAACUGCUCUGCUGCACCGCAUUGUUCGGCAAGUAACGUCUGACAUUUUGCUUCAAGAAAUGGUUUAUUUUAUCCUUGGAGAACAGAGGGAACCAGAAACGCUGGCAGAAAUUAGCACACAUCCUUUAAGACAGAGGUUAAUUGAACAUUGUGAUCAUAUAUCUGAUGAGAUAAGUAUAAUGACUUUAAGAAUGUUUGAACAUCUUUUACAAAAACCCAAUGAGCACAUUCUUUACAACUUGGUCCUAAGAAAUCUUGAGGAAAGAAAUUAUACAGAAUAUAAACCUGUGUGCCCAGAAGAUAAAGAUGUGGUGGAGAAUGGAUUGAUAGCAGGAGCAGUAGAUCUGGAAGAAGAUCCAUUAUUUACUGACAUUUCACCAGAUAACACUUUGUCAAAUCAAGAGUGGCUUACUUCUUCACCUCCUGCUACUCCAGACCACCCCAAAAAUGAUGGAAAAACUGAAGUCCAUAAAAUUGUAAAUAGUUUUCUCUGUCUGGUACCCGAUGAAGCAAAAUCAUCCUACCAUGUUGAGGGCACUGGAUAUGACACCUACCUCCGAGAUGCUCACAGGCAGUUCCGGGACUACUGUGCUAUCUGCUUACGAUGGGAAUGGCCCGGGUCUCCAAAAGCAUUGGAGAAGUGCAAUUUAGAAGCAGCUUUCUUUGAAGGUCAUUUUUUGAAAGUUUUAUUUGACAGAAUGGGAAGAAUUCUUGAUCAGCCAUAUGAUGUGAACUUACAGGUGACCUCGGUGUUGUCUAGACUCUCUCUUUUCCCUCACCCACACAUACACGAGUACCUUUUGGAUCCGUACGUGAACCUUGCUUCCGGCUGCCGAUCUCUCUUCUCUGUCAUCGUCAGGGUUGUUGGAGACCUGAUGGUUCGAAUCCAGCGCAUCCAAGACUUUACUCCCAAGCUUCUCUUAGUCAGAAAGCGGUUACUGGGUUUGGAACCUGAAGGCCCUAUUGUUGACCACAUCACAUUGCUGGAGGGUGUGAUUGUGCUGGAAGAGUUCUGUAAGGAGCUGGCGGCCGUUGCGUUUGUGAAAUACCACGCUUCCUCCCCACCAUAAAUAGCAUCUUCCAAGUGACUAAGCGAACGGAACUGCUGUGUGCAUUUCAUCAAAAAAGACUCAGAUCUGCCCAGCCAAGAGAGGAUAAAAAGCCUUUUCAAAUCAUGUAUUGCUAUGAACUGGAGAGAAACCAUUAAGAACCAACCCACUGAGUGGACGCUUCCAGAAAAAUGUUGUAUAAUGUUGUUUUCAUUGGCUUUAUCAUAAUGGUUCUAUAUAAAAAAUUGCAUGUUCUUGAAUCCAGGAUACAAUCAAAGGAACUUCAGGAAGUAAGCAUUUCUAAUGCCUGUGUGAAAAGCUGCAAAAUUUCUGAUGUCAUAACUGAUGAUAUUUCUGUUAUUUUAAGAUCCUUUCAGGUAGCAUUUUGAAAUUCUCUGGGACUCAAAUGCUUAUAUUCUUUUGGAUUAAUAAGUAGCAAAAAAUAAUUUUAUAACUUUUUAAGGUCAGAAUUCUUAUCAAACAAAAUAUGAAAAAGACUGUAAAUGAGAAAAAAUAAAAUUCAGAAACGUUCAAAUGAGUUAAUAGAUACAAAUGUGUAGAGCACCAUUAACUUCAGCUUUUCUAAGAAUAACACUUUAAUAUGAUAAAGAAAUUCUUGAUUAAUAUAUAUAUUUUUAAAGAAACAUUCUUUUACUCUUUUGUGCACAUAGCCAUGUUAGAGACUAAUUUUCAUGUAUGGGUCCCAAUUUAUUUAAAAUGUGUCAUUUUUCCAACAAUGUUCAAUUUGUGCUCAACGUUGGUAGUGUUUGCUAAAUAGUAUUUUUUAAGCUAAUUAACAUGUAAUUGGAUUGAGAACCUUUUUUUCUCUCUCCCUCUCCGAACAUUGCUUUAUAGAAUUGCUUUAUAAUUUGGUUUCCUUACUGAAAUGCAUGGUAGCGUACAGGUGGGAAACUGAUAACUCUUUGGCUGCAAUCAAAAUGCCAGUGGCCUCCCUAAUGUUUACAUUUUUCUUUUUCAUUUUGUUCAGUCUUUUGUUUUAAAUGAUUCUAAACAGAUUUACAAAAAAACAAACCAAUCUGUCCUGUUUACAUGUUAAAGAAUUUGGGUAAAUUGGGUAUAUAUGUCGGAACACGUGUGGGAAGUUUAGCAAAGCUGCGCUAUGCACAGCAUGCUUGUACUUGAUUUACAAAAUGGUAUUUGCUAAUCCACUUUCUGUUCUUCCUUUAAGUGAUGCUUAUCACUCAAAUAUUGCUUUUAAGCUAUCCUCUUCUUUUUUUUUUUUUUAAGUUGAAACGUUAAGCAGCAGCACUUUCCUCUUUAUCUUUCCAUUUACUGAUACUUGGGGAAGCAGACUAUCAAACUUUCCAGCUUGAAAGGAGCUGUUGUUUCCCUUCCUAAAUUAUUUUUGUGUAGCACACUUGCAUAUGUACAUCAUGUGGCAUGAGCAUAAAAGCAUGUUUUACACCUACUGCUAAAAUUUUGUUCUAUUAUCUUUGCUGACUUAUAGUUUUUGCUAUUUAUUAAGAACAAAAUAUCGGAAGAUUAUGAAUAUUCUUGUCUCUAGAAUGCUUAACCACUGUUAACAGAAGACAAAGUUUAUAAUUUAAUGUAAAUCUUUGCUAGCUCAUUCUAAGAAAUUCAUUAAGCAACACAAUGAAAAAACAAAAGUGGGAGAUAGUUAUUUUGUGCAUGAUUUCUUAAAAAUGAUUUUUAAUGGUGGGAAACCAUUGUUCAGUUUGCUGUAUUUAUUGAUCAGUCCAUGUGAGGAACACUACAACAUUUCCAUUUUUAGAUGUAGCUGUAGUCUACUUUGAUGUAGGUGUAUUUAAAAUAAGGCAUUAAGAGAUAUUAGAUAUUUCUUAAUGUUUUUGUAGUGUUCAGCAGGUGUGAUAGCAAUGAUAUUACCUCUCAAACCAAAUACUAUUUUACCCUUGAUUUCACAUUGGGACCUUAUAGCUAAUCCAUGAAAUGAAGCUCAGAAAAGCUUUAACUUUUACAUUUCUGUGUGUGUAUGCUGCUUCUUAAGAUAUAAUUAUUUUCCUAAGUUAUUGUAAUGACUUUGAUUUGUAAUCAGUUAAAGCUUAAGGUAUAAACUGUUUUGCUUCUAAGUUCCUUUCUUUUUUAUUCAUAUUUAGUUCAGACCUAGAGCCAGCACAAGUUCUCACAGUGAGUUGGAUUAGUUAAUGAAAAUUGUAGCACAUUACUAGUUUUCUUCUUACUGUCUUUCCUUGGAAGCUGAAUAUUUCUAUUACUCAAUACUUGUAAAACAGUGACUGAAAUGCACUGUUGGGUAGAAAGUACCACCUUAACAUUUGAUUGCCAUAGAGAGUUCCAACUGAACUUUAGCUUUGCUUUGCAUAUCUAAGUUUGAUAAAAAUAGGUAUGUACAUUUGUUUUUUUAACUCUAACAAUAUAGUCUUUGGUUUUAUUUUCAGUAAUGAGCCACAUUCUUUACUUGAUAGAACUCAGAUUUGUCCUUAGCCAAUUAUCAUGGUAGUGCUCACAUUAAAACUAUGUAAUUAAUGUUUUCAUAAUGUAUCUGUGCAAUAUAGAAGCUAUGAAUGGAUUCAUAGCUUUUUGGUUUAAUUGUACAUUAUUGUGUGUACAUGUGUGUGUGUGUAUAUAUAUAUAUAUGUAUAUAUAUAUAUAAGGACCAAAAUCCUUAGCUUGCUUACACUGUUGCUAGUGUAAAAAUUGUUACACUUGACUUUACAGGGCACCAAUUAUGGAAUUACUUCAUAAUUCAUGGUAACAUUACCAUAAAUUACUGCAUUAAUAUACAUUACCAUUUAAUUAUGGAGUUCAUAGGUAUUGACAGAAGUUCAGUGAAAUGCUGAAACCAGAAAUUAGAUGGUAAUUAUAUUUUGGGUUGUACAAUUAGUCAAAAUAUGCAUGUCAUUGUGACACUUGAUAUGUUAAAACAUGAUAAUCAUAUUUCUGGGCCCUGUAAAAUAGUGUCACUGUAAUACUCUGUUUGCCUCCUGUCUUGUUUACAUUAAACAAAGGAUAUUGGGUAAAUUUUUCUAUGAACAUUGUGUAGGUUGCUGACAGUGUUACCAAGGCCUGGGAUUCUUGGGCCGUUUAUGAAGAAACUUCAGGUGGCGAUGUGUACCUACUCUCUUCAAAGGAGGUUGUGAUCAAGUUCAACUUUUUGUGCUAAUAAUGCAUGCAGGACCAAGAGGGAUGAUCUAAAAAUAAAUAAUGUAAUUUAAACAAAA